UUUCUACACGUACAUCAUAAAUCAAUUAGAAAGUAGCUCAAUAUUUCUCAGUUUAAUUUCAUUUGAUUUGAAGCUGAGUCGUUGUCACUUCUUUUUCUCGCAGUUUCCUUCUGAUACCCCGGAGAUUGGCUACGGCUGCACUACCACUAAUCUUAUGAGAUUACUACUACUUCUUGGGAUUCUGGAGAAAAUGAAUUUGAGGGCAGACAGAGAGAUUGCUAUGGAAGCUGUUGCGUGCGAUGAGCAUGAGACAGGGAAUGCAUAUAUGCAAGCAGCCCCCGAGUUGAAAGCAGACAGAGAAUUUGUGAUGUAUGCUAUUGCGUCCCGUGGACAAUCAGGCGAACUCGCACCGGAGGAAUUGAAAAGAGACAAGGACUUUGCCACGUAGGCCGUUAUAAGUAAGUAAUAGUGACGCUCAUGUAGAAGAUUGUACAACGCGAGAAUCUGCGCAUAGACAUGGACGCUGAUGGACGCUGUCAGGAAAGCUGCUGCUCUUCAAAACGUUCAUGUAGAAGUCGCUCUUCAAAGCGUUGAUGGGGGAGGUGCUCUUGAGCCUGAGUAGACAAGCCGCAGAAGAGAGACUUUACAACCAGCCACGUGAUGCUUCUAGAGACGAGCCACGUGAUGCUUCUAGAGACUAACUCAAACUUACGGGCACCCAGCCACCGACUAGCCUAACUCUGUAACUAACCUUGUAGUAGUAGUAGAAAAGCGAGCGCUACACUCGAAGUAUGCGUGGACAGGUCGAAAGCUAAGUCGCGGACGCUGUCAUACUAAAAGCCCUGCGGGGAGGACACUACAGGAGGCACUCAACAUCAGGUUUGUUCUCAUCAGAAAGAGAAGAAGCAUUCGCAUGAAAAUGGGGAACAAGACGAGGAAAAUAUUCUCUACCAGGAGAUUGUUUUCGCAGAUGGGCUAUUCCUCCACAAGUCUCUCUGCCUAGAAAUGUGCAAGAAAAGACUUUGCAACUGGACUUUGUGCGAGGGAGACAGAGAGAAGAAAAGAAUGCAACAAAAAGGAAAACUGAUACUCGCCCCGCGAUUGUCUUGUAUGUGCUCCACCCUGGCCUUCGCUCGAAGACAAUUGGGCGGGAUUCAACCAGGAUAGAAAAACUCUAACCUCCUCCUACAUGGAUCGAAAAACUCUAAACUCGUUAAUCAUCAUAGAA